AUGGCUGAAAACCCAACACAAUGCCCACCGGGGCUGGAAUAUCUUCUGGAGGUAGACCGUCUUCUCAUUCAUCAGCAGUUGGAGAUAGUAGAAGCUGUGAUUGGAUAUGAGACCAACAACAAAUAUGAAGUUAAGAACAUAAUCGGCCAACAGAUCUACUUUGUCACUGAAAAGUCUAACUUCUGCUGCAAAAUGUGCUGCGGGUCGAAGCGUGCUUUCAAACUUCAACUUGUGGACAAUAUGGGAACAGAGGUAAUCCGCAUGAAACGAACCUUGCGAUGUCAGAGUUGCUGGUGUCCAUGCUGUUUGCAGAAGUUGGAAGUACAAGCCCCUCCAGGGGAACCGAUUAGCUACGUGGUCCAGAAAUGGCACCCAUGCUUACCCAAGUUUGUCAUUCAAGAUAAAAACACCGUUCCUGUUUUGAAGAUCUUCGGCCCGUGUUGUCUUUCUAGUUGCGGCCAUCCAAUUAAGUUCAAGAUUAAAGAUUUUCAGGCUUCAACAAAAGUCGGAAGUAUAACAAAGAAUUGGAGUGGUUUUCUCACUGAAGCUCUCACAGAUAAGGAUAACUUUGAAAUCAACUUUCCAAUGGUGCUGGAUGUUAGGAUUAAAGCAGCCCUGAUUGGUCUAUGUGUUUUAAUUGUCACCUGCCUGGCUCUGAUGAUCAGAUUGGGAAAAUAUUUCCUCAUCCCACCAAUGUUAAGCAAGAAAACACAAUGGAAGCAAUUUCCACAGAAUUAUGGUUAUUGA